AUGAACCGCAUUCGCCGGCCAUGGACGAUCCAGAGACGGGAUACAGACGGAGUCCAGAUGAAUACCCUUGAUCACUCGGGCAAGGCCGUGGAGAGCGACGCUGGCUCCGCUGAGAAAAUGCCCGCAAAGGAUAAUGUCGAGCCCCUCGACGUUCAACAGGGCCACUUGCAGGAGAUCGAAGUUGACGUCGCACACGUCCUGCAGGACGAUGAGAUCAAGGAUGUGGACGACGAUACUUCGCCGUAUCCAGAGGUGCGGGCUGUCGUUCCAGAGACCGAUGAUCCCAGUAUUCCAGUCAACACUCUUCGAAUGUGGAUUCUUGGAACAAUAUGGGUGCUCAUCGGAGCUGGCGUCAACCAGUUUUUCUCGCUGCGGUAUCCAGCCGUGCAUAUUGUUUCAAUUGUGGCAGAGCUUCUGGCGUUUCCUAUGGGCGUCUUCCUUGCAUAUGUUUUGCCAAUCAUGGAGGUGAACAUGCCGUACUUCGGGAAAUGGCGAAUCAACCCAGACCGGCACUUCAACAUCAAGGAGCACGCGCUGAUCGUUAUCAUGAGUAACGUUACCAUCGGCUUCGCGGGAGGCGCUGACGCUGCGGGCGUCAUCCAAGCAGCCAUCAAAUUCUACGGGUUCAAGCUGCCAGCAGGCUUCAGCGUUCUGGUGGUGAUGUGCUGUCAGGUGCUCGGAUUCGGUGUUGCCGGCCUAUGCCAUCAAUGGCUGGUCGAACCAGCGAGCAUUAUCUGGCCUGGUGUGUUGGGAAAUUGUGCUUUGCUAAACAGCCUGCACAGUCGGGCUAAUGCGGUUGCCAACGGCUGGAAGAUUUCUCGUAUCAAGUUCUUCUUGAUCGUCAUGACGUGUGCUUUCGUCUGGUACUGGUUCCCCGGAUUGAUGUUCGUUGCGUUGAGUUAUUUCACAUGGAUAUGCUGGAUUGUCCCGAAAAAUGUGGUCGUCAACCAACUCUUUGGGAUGGAAACCGGCUUGGGUAUGUUUCCCCUGACGUUCGACUGGUCCCAGGUGGCAUACAACACCAACCCGCUCUUGUCCCCCUCUUGGGCUGCAAUCAAUGUGUUCCUCGGCUUCGUGUUCGCAUUUUGGGUGAUUGUUCCAGGCAUUUACUACACAAACACCUGGUACACUGCUUAUCUUCCAAUGAUGACGGCGGAUGUAUACGACAAUACCGGGGCCGACUAUAACGUCACUAACAUCCUAACAUCGUCCGGGACACUCGACCCAACAGCAUAUGCGGAGUACUCUCCACCAUAUCUGAGUGCCACAUUUGCUUUUGUUUACGGGCUUAGCUUUGCCUCAAUCAUGACAGUCCUCGUUCAUACUUAUCUAUGGCACGGCACCGAUAUCUACGAGACUUUUCGAGGCCGAGGAAAACUCGACAUCCAUGGGCGGUUAAUGAGAUCCUACAAGAAAGUGCCCUGGUGGUGGAAUGCCAUCAUACUUGUCAUCUUCACUGCGCUUUCCAUCGUCCUUGCGGAAGUGUACAACACAGAGCUGCCUGUGUAUGGUGUCUUCCUAGCCUUGGUCAUCCCAGCCAUAUACAUGGUACCGUGCGGUCUGGUUCAAGGAAUCACUAAUGUCAACGCAAACCAGUUGAACGUUCUUGCCGAAUUCAUAGGCGGGUAUAUGUUCGCUGGGAAGCCGCUCGCCAAUAUGGUUUUCAAAACCCUCUCCGAGGACGUCGUGGCUCAAGGCAUCUUCUUCGCCCAAGACCAGAAGCUCGGUCACUACUUCAAGAUUGCACCAAGAACAGUCUGGCUCGCACAGGGCUAUGCCUGUAUCCUUGGCUCCCUCACGCAGACGGGUGUGACUUUGUGGAUGCUUGGCAAUAUCGACGAUGUUUGCAGCUCUGAUCAGGCCAACGCAUUCACGUGUCCCAACGGCCGUACGAUUUUCUCUUCGUCGGUCAUCUGGGGUCUCGUAGGUCCAAAGCGUCUCUACAGCGUCGGCAGGAUUUACAGCGGCUUGUUGCACUUCUUCUGGAUCGGAGCGCUUGCGCCGAUCGUAACAUGGGCGGCGUGGAAGUACACCAAGAAAGACUGGCUUAGGAAGGUCAACUGGCCGCUGAUCUUCACCGGAACAUACAACGUACCACCAGCGACAGGAAUCAAUUACUCGUCCUGGGCGAUAGUCAAUCUCAUAUUCAAUCAUUUGAUCAAAGACAAGUUCUUCGCCUGGUGGGCUAAAUACAACUACAUUCUUGCCGCCGGGCUCGACGUCGGAACCGCCAUCUCCGGCAUCAUCAUCUUCUUCGCGGUCAGCUAUCCAGGCUACUCUUUCCCCGACUGGUGGGGCAAUACUGUAUAUGCGAACACUGCUGAUGGCAACGGGAGUGCGUGGAAAGCAAUACCGGAGAGUGGAUUCUUUGGGCCGCCGGUGGGGUCGUGGCAUUGA